AUGUUUCGCCGUCGGGAUGGUGGCUUCCGACAGAAAUUAGUUCACGUCACCCUGAGGGGAGCGCUAUACGGCUCAUGGGUCCUGGGAUUGUUCCCGUUCACCUACGACAGCUGGACGAGGAAAUUGCAUCGUUCAAAGUGGCUAAUUGGGUAUGGCAUCGUCCUGAAUGUGGGCAUAGUUGCUCUGAUCCUGGCCAACGACACGGAGUCGGAGACACCAGUGCGGAUGGAGGUCUUUAAGCGAAAUCCUCUGGCUGAGCGGGUCAACUCCAUUCACGAUUAUCACAGCCUCGUUAUGUUUGCCCUAAUGCUCUUGCGGUGCUACUGGAAGAGUGGGGAUAUUGCCAAGAUCCUCAACGAGCUGAUGGAUCUCCAGUGGCACCACUUUCGUCAUUAUCCCCUGGAGGAUUGCUGCAGUUUCGAUGACUUUGUCCUGCACAGGGGCUUGUCCGUGGUGCUGGAGAUCUUUUCCAUGCUCGUAAUGGAACUGGGAAUGUCUCCCAAUUACAGCCCACAGCUGUUUCUAGGGACUACUGGCCUAUGCAUUAUAGUCCUGGUGGUCCUUCUGGGCGCCUCGCACUUCCACCUGGCCGUGGUCUACAUAUAUCGCUGUGUGUGGAUCGUGAAUCGAGAGCUGCUUCGAUUCGCCAACCAGUUGGCAGAGGGCGAAACUGUCGAGUCCUGCGAGGUUGACAGACUUCUCUCCCUGUACAGUCGCUUGCUGGAGCUGAACCAUCGCCUGGCCGGCAACUACGACUACCAGAUGGUAAUGGUGAUGGUGAGCUUUCUGGCCGCCAACGUCUUAGGUAUCUACUACUAUAUCAUCUUCAGCAUCAGCCUGCACAAGGAGAUGAACGCCAUCCUGUUGUUCAUUGUGCCUCAGGCCAUGAUCAUCAACAUGUACGACUUCUGGCUGGCCAUCGCCGUAUGCGAUUUGGCAGAACGAACGGGCAGGAAGACCUCCACGAUCCUCAAGCUCUUCAAUGACAUUGAGAACAUGGAUAUAUCACUUGAACGAAGUAUCUCGGACUUUGCCCUAUUCUGUAGCCAUCAAAGGUUUAGGUUUCGUCACUGCGGACUGUUUUACGUGAACUAUGAGAUGGGUUUCCGCAUGGCCAUUACCAGCUUCCUCUACCUUCUGUUUCUUAUCCAGUUUGAUUUUAGUAAUCUCUGA